AUGUUGUCGUAUGGCGUUUAUGUAGCAAUUUUAUUUAGUUCAGUUUUCAUCAUCGUCUUAGUUGGAUCUAUUAUUCUAUUUAAAAUAUCGCUUCAACGACUUGCUAUACUACUUGAAUCAAUAUUUCACUUUAAACAAGUACGUACUAUUGGUAAGGACUAUAUUGUCAUUGACGUAUGUGGUGAUCAGUUUGAAAUAUCCAAGACAAUAUGGAGUCGUCUUCCUUUUGUGUUUGCACUUGGUAUGUGUCUAUUAGUUACUAUUCUAGUAUUUAUCGAAGGAUGUAUCUUUUCAACACGACAUGUAUAUUCGACAAAAGCAUGUUCAGAUCGAAUGCCAAAUUGUUAUCUAUUUAAAUCACAGUUUACAUCAUUCAGACCAUUAUAUGAAUUCGUUUGUGAACCAGAUAAACCAGUCAUUCCAUCGAAUAUGUCUGCAAGCUAUGCUGUAUGUUAUGGUUUUGUUCUUCUUGAUCAAUCAACAAUUGAUAUUCUCAAUCAACUUGGUGUUUGUACAGGUAUUCUAUCAUUGGUUGAAUCUCUUUAUCCACUUGCUUACAAGUUUGGACGUCGAAAGUAUGGAUGGAUUUGUGUAAUAUUAUUUCUUAGUGCAAUGGUGAUCACAGAAAUAAUUAUUCUAGCGAUACAAUUGAAUAUAUCGUUUAUGACAAUCAUUUUAUUCACAUUAACUGAAGUUUUGAUACUCAGUAUUUUUAUUUUGCACUACAGAAAUGUGAAACAUCCUGCUAAUCUAAAUCGAGUAGGAUCCUACAUAGAAAUGAAAGAUGUUCACUAA